CACCGUAAAUACGUGAGCCACGGAAUUUAACUCGAGACCUAGAACAGAGAACUUUGAACGACGAGAAAAUAAUGGGCGCAGAAGCUGAAAAUCAUCAACAAAAACUAGGGUCAGUUCCCAAUCCAAACCCUAAUCCCAAUCCCAUCUCGGAAGCUCAAUUUCUUGCCUGGAAACGCCGCAAGGUCGCUGAUGCUUCAGCAAAAAAGGAUGAAGCAACAAGGAAGCGUGCAGAGGAUAUAGCUGCCGGGCUGGUUCAAAUGAAUGGUCGUGAGUUAUUUGUGCAUGAGCCCUGGGUGUUUGAUAAUAACCUUUACUGAGGUCAAUUUUAUCAGUUCAUUGCAGUUUUCCGUGGAGCUCAAUGCAUUCAUAAAUGAUAUUUGUAGCUUAUUUUCCUUGUAUUAAACUGAUCUCGAGUGCAUUGGUGUUUACGAGGACAAACUGUGAUGGAAUGUUGUCGUAUAUACUUGAUGAUUAUCGUCUAUUUUCACCUAUGGAUUUAUCCCUAUUUAUAUAGACGAGAGAUUGGAUCCAUCAGUUACAUCUUUAUGGAAAAGAAUAUUAUUCCACA